UCUCACACCCUUAGAUAUGAGCUUCGCCAGGACAUCAUCCUGUAGCAAUAUCGGAAUGUGUUUUGUAAUGAUGAUCUUUACUUGAUUGAAGCUCCGAAUACAAUCAUACAUUACAUUGUAACCUGCAUUACAUAAUGAUCUAUGUGGAACUGAAUGCGUCUGACGAGUUCCUGGCCGGUCAGCAUUUUAGUGAGCGCACUUCCUGCUCCGUUGGCUCAGGAAUGGAUGAUGGUGUCCAGGACCCGGUGUCGGAGCUGGAGGGGCAGCGGUUGGGGGGCUGGGGGCUUCUGCAGAUCGCCGGGGGCACCGGGCUGGCGGCCUACUCAGUCUGGGCGUUGGUGCUGAUGCCCGGCUUCCGAAAAGUGCCCCUAAAAUUACAGGUGCCCUACAUGCCAGCCAGUGCCAAACAAGUAGAGAAUGUGAUGACCCUGCUGAAGGGGCGGGCAGGAAAGAUGGCGGACCUGGGUUCCGGGGACGGCAGAAUCGUCCUGGAGGCCGCCAGGAGGGGGUUCCAUCCCGCCGUGGGGUACGAGCUGAACCCGUGGCUGCUGCGCCUGUCCUACUUCUACGCCUGGAGGUCAGGUUACCAUCGGAGGGUCACUUACUUACGAGAGGACCUGUGGAAGGUGAAGCUACACGACUGUGACAACAUCUCCAUAUUUUUGGCCCCCAGCGUGUUGGCAUUGCUGGAGGACAAGAUGCUGGCAGAGCUGCCUAGAGAUGCCCGAGUGGUGACGGGACGGUUUCCGCUACCCACAUGGUUGCCCAGUGACAUCCUCGGCGAGGGCAUUGACCGAGCCUGGGCCUAUGAUGUUAGGACUGUACGGCAAGCUGUGAGGACCAAAGAACUGGGCACAGAAGUGUGACCAUAAUAGAGGCUGGAUGUCCUGAACCAAUAAGGGUUAUUUAUGGGCGUGUUGAUCGUUGUCCCUGGAAACAGUCAGCAAGCUUGUCAGUGGGCACUCACCUAUGAAGAGGGGCACUUAUGUUUAGACUGCGUUCACACGGCCGUCUCGCCCCUUCCCUUUCUUCUCUCGUCGAAAAUAAAAACGGACAAUAACGGAUGAAAACGGAUGUUAUCCGUUUGUAUCCAUUUGGAUCCGUUAUUGUUCAGUUUAUAAACCUAAAAAUUUUUUUUUUUGUUCUGAGCAUGCUCAGAAGUAAAAACGGAUAAAAAAAAAAACCGAUUGAACAAAAGGAUGCAAACGGAUGACAUUAAAGGCUCAUCCGUUUUCCAUAGACUUCAAUAUUAAAUUUACUGUAUCCGUUUUUUUGACGGAAGAAAAAAAUACUACAUGUGCCGUUUUUUUCUGCCAUCAAAAAAACGGAAAUGAGCACAGAUGGGUACAAACAGAUGUAAACGGAUUGUAAAAAAAAGUCUAUUGACAUGAAUGGGAUUUUUUUUUUAAACGUUUUUAAUCCGUUUACAGCCUGCAAGAACGGAACCGAAUAAAAAAACGGGGACAGACGGCCGUGUGAGCGCCCCCUUUUAUAUAUAUAUAUAUAUAUAUAUAUAUAUAUAUAUAUAUAUAUCUUUAGAUGACUGUACAAUGCUGGGAGAUUUUAGCUGUGAAGCCGCAGACUUAUGAAUGCAGCUCUGGGGUAUGAAACAGGCUGUAAUGUAUUCUAUGUAUUUUAUGUAAUGUAAAAUCUAUAUAUCUGUUUUAGAGCAUUUUAUUGGUAUAUAUAUAUAUAUAUUUAUUUAUUUUAUUUUUUUCAAAAUGUAACAUUUAAAGUUUAAGUUAACUCAAAUGUAACUAACAUUUUUGGCACAAAUAAAUGGUUCUGGUAAAGUUCUGUACGUUUUGAUAUUUGGUAGUUGUAAAUUGAUAGGAUUAUAGAGAAAUGUCUCUGAAAAUAAAUGAGAAUCCUUCAUGUGUUACCUGUAAUUCUAGAUAAAAAAAAUGAUUACAGUGCACAGUCUUGCACAAUAAUCAUUUUUUUGUUUCACAACAGCUGGAAGCUCAUUGGCUGGGAAACACUAUUCUAAAUAAAAAAUGAUUAUGGUGCAGGACUGUGCACUAUAAUUAUUUUUCAUCUAGAAUUACAGGUACACUUCAAAGGGGACACUCCCACCGUUUAAAAACAUAUUCCAUUAACUGAAGAGAAUUGACCUUUAAAAUGAUAAAGGGUAAAUUUAUGUUUUUCUAUUUUGCUUUGCAAACUGAAAGUCAUUAAAGGGGUAUU